CUCCUUCAUCCGUCCACUCCUCUCCACUCCAUCCCUCUUCUCCAAAGCCUAGCCAGUCCGCUAGUGACUUCCAUAGUCCCGUUACUGGGCUAUCCCUCCCUGCAUUGUUUUUGCCAUGUCGAACGUGGAAAAGGAAGCUGGUCCGCGGGGCGAAGAGUCCCCCGUCUCCCCAAGCCCUCCAGAUGUGAAGAAGAAAAGAGAGUACAAGGAAUUUGGCCACGAUGAGGAGAAGCCAACUCAUGCCAACUGUCGACAUAUCGAGCUCAAGGCGGAAGACCUUUACGACAAGGAAAAGGUGGACCUAGAAACCAUCGUCGUAGAGGACGUCUUCAAGUUGCUUCAAUGCGACGAAAACGGUCUGAGCACGGAUGAGGCCCAGCGUCGUCUAGACAUCUUUGGCCCCAACAAGCUUGAGCAGGAGGAGCAAAAUGCGAUUCUUCAAUUCCUUAGUUUCAUGUGGAACCCUUUGUCUUGGGUCAUGGAGGGUGCUGCUCUUGUGGCUAUUGCCCUUUCAAAUGGUGGCGGUCUCCCACCAGAUUGGGAAGACUUCGUCGGGAUCAUCUUGCUUUUGAUCAUCAACUCCACCAUUGGUUUCUAUGAAGAACGUAACGCCGGUAACGCAGUCAAGGCCCUUAUGGACUCACUGGCUCCAAAGGCCAAGGUCAAGCGUAACGGUCAAUGGCAAGAAAUUGAGUCCGCAAACCUCGUUCCCGGUGAUAUGAUUUCUUUCAAAAUCGGUGACAUCGUUCCGGCCGACUGUCGUCUCACGGAGUCCAUCAAUGUUUCCAUUGACCAAGCUGCUUUGACCGGUGAAUCAUUACCCCAGAGCAAGAAGGAGGGCGAUCAGUGUUUCUCUGGUUCAACUUGCAAGCAGGGAGAGGCUGAGGGUGUCGUCAUCUCUACUGGUGCCAACACGUUCUUCGGUCGUGCCGCUUCCCUCGUCGGUCAAGAUGAUGACACCACUGGUCACUUGCAGAAGAUCUUGGCUCAGAUCGGAUCCUUCUGCUUGGUAUCGAUCGGUAUUUUCGUUGUUGCUGAGAUUCUCGUCCUCUAUGCUGGCUUCCGUUACGAAUACCGCCGUGGACUCAACAACAUCCUUGUGCUCUUGAUCGGUGGUAUCCCCAUUGCCAUGCCUACAGUCUUGUCGGUGACACUCGCUGUCGGUGCCCAGCAACUCGCUAAACAUAAAGCCAUCGUUACCCGUAUUACCGCUAUCGAAGAACUUGCUGGUGUCACUAUUCUUUGCUCUGACAAGACUGGUACGUUGACGACCAAUAAACUGACCAUCGACAAGGAAACCAUCCGCACAUAUGGUCCCUUCUCUGCCGACGAUGUCAUUCUUCUCGCUGCAUAUGCAUCUCGUACGGAGAACCAGGACGCCAUCGACACCUCCGUGGUUGGUGCUCUGGGUGAUACCUCUCGCGCUCGUGCCGGCAUCAAACUUUUGGACUUUAAGCCUUUCAACCCCGUUGACAAGCGCACUGAGAUUACUUAUCGGGAGGAGUCAUCCGGCAAACUCAAGCGUGUUACCAAGGGUAUGACCGGCAUCAUCAUCGAGCUUUGCACUCGCAACAAGACCGACGAGCUUGAAAAUAGGCUUGAAUCCGAUGUUGAGGAAUUCGCUUCUCGUGGCCUCCGUGCCUUGGCCGUUGCUUACGAGGAACUGGACGGUGACGAUCCGGAGGCAGAGGGUAACGGUUUCGAGUUGAUCGGUCUUCUCGCCAUUUUCGACCCUCCUCGUGAGGACACCAAGCAGACAAUUGACGAUGCGCUCGCCCUCGGUGUUAAGGUUAAGAUGGUUACGGGUGAUCAGCUCGCCAUUGCCAAGGAAACUGGUCGUAGGCUCGGUCUUGGCGACCACAUGUACCCUGCUAAGGUGCUCAAGGAUGGUCCUGCCCCCGGAGGCAAACAUAUGAACUUGGAUGAGAUGAUCCUUGAUGCUGAUGGUUUCGCUGGUGUCUUCCCGGAACACAAGUAUGAAAUUGUCAAGCGCCUGCAAGGUCUUGGCCAUCUCUGUGCUAUGACCGGUGACGGUGCUAACGAUGCUCCUGCUCUUUCCCGUGCAAACGUCGGUAUUGCUGUCGAGGGUGCUACUGAUGCGGCUCGAGGUGCUGCUGAUAUCGUCCUGACGGAACCCGGUCUCUCCACUAUCGUCCAUGCCAUUCGUGGCUCCCGUAUCAUCUUCCAACGUAUGCGUAACUAUUCCAUCUACGCUUGUGCCGUGACCAUCCGUAUCGUCGUCUGCUUCGCUAUUCUCGCGUUCGCAUUCCGCUAUGACUUCCCUCCUUUCAUGGUGCUGAUCAUCGCCCUCCUCAACGAUGAUUCGUGGGACUUGGCAGAGAUCUUCACGUAUGCCAUUGCAUACGGACUUUACUUGACUGCCUCUACUGUUGCCCUCGUUGCUAUUAUCUUGCAGACGUCGUUCUUCCACGAUAAAUUUGGUGUCGUGUCGCCUACGAGCAGCAAUGACCCUCAACUGCACAUGAUCGUGUACCUUCAAGUUGCCAUCAUCUCACAAGCGUUGAUCUUCGUCACGCGUUCGCAUGGGUUCUUCUUCAUGGAGCGUCCAUCCUUCGCUCUUAUGGGUGCUUUCUGCGUCGCACAACUUGUUUCAUCGAUCAUCGCUGCUUAUGCCAAUUGGGGUUUCACGAACAUCCAGGCUAUUUCUGGUGGCUGGAUCGGGAUUGUUUGGGUCUGGGUAAGUUGCCAUGUUAAAUGUUUGGCGUGCACGUGAACUUAUUUGUCGUUGUAGAACAUUAUCUGGUUCAUCCCCCUCGACUGGAUCAAGUUCGCGAUGAAGGCUACAAUCAUCAAGAGGAUGCGCGAGCGCCACUCCCGCGCUGUCGCUGCCGCUGCUGCGGAAACCGGCCUCCAGAUCACCCGUACCCAAUC